AUGGAUGCAGACGUGUACGAAGAAGCCUGCGUGGUCUUUCCAUCGGGGAUUUCGGCCGGCUCCGGCCAUGGACCCUCUAGCGACACGGGAAUUCGAACCACCCAAGGUUCAGAAAUAUCGGGAGAAGAAGCUCGCUUCUCUCCUGACAUCUCUACCGCUGAUGUCCCCAAUGGCUACAUCCCGGGAGUGGGUAUGGGGAGCCCUGGUCAGUCCCAGGUCUUGACCAGCGCCAUAUUGAAGACCAUAUCCGUGCUGACCGUCGUAGUUUUGAACAUCUGUCUGCUGGGCACAGUUAUCUUCGUAGCAGUCACAGUAUUGGACCUGAAGUUGUCCGUCAGCCAGCUUGACCAAAAGAUAAGUGCUGAUAUGUCGGAUCUAAAGAUGUCGGUCAGCCAGCUUGACCGAAAGAUAAGCGUUGACGUGUCGGAUCUGAAGCUGUCGGUCAGUCGGCUUGAGCGGCUGACGUCCACUCUGACGUCCACUCAACAUGCAGUAAUCUCUGCCUGGCCGCGACAGGUAAUACAGGGUCCGAUCAAGCAGAAUGCAGUGGGAACAACAGAAGGUUUGCCAGGAACGGUGGAAGAUGAAACAACUACUUCAGCUCACCUGAAAGCGACCUGUCCUGACGGUUAUAAGAUGUACCGAGAAGUCUGCUACAAAGUGUUCGACACGUACAAGACGUUCUCCCAGUCGGCGGAGACCUGUCGGGCUGACGGCGGCACCCUCGCCAUGCCCCGCGACGCCGGCAUCAACGCCUUCCUCUACUCACUCACCACCGAACUGGGCAGCAACGACGACUUCUGGGUUGGCCUGCACGAUCAGGGUCAGGAGGGCCAGUGGAUGUGGCUGGACGGCACGGCCCUGGGCGCCCCUGGCGGCGACGGCGGGAACUACAGCGCCUGGGCGGCGGAUCAGCCCAACAGUUUCACCGGCGAGGAGGACUGCGCCCUGCUGCACACCGGCUGGUACGAUCACAACUGCCAGUCCGCGGAGGGAUUCAUCUGUCAAGUCAUGCCAUAG